ACAAUUAAUAUGGUUUUUUUUAAAUUUUAUUUGCUAUUGCAUUUGAGCUACGGUUUGAUGAUUUCCAGUGUUGUAUCAUGAGAUCCUGCUGUUUUGUUAAAAGGGUUUAACUUCAUAUUCGUUCUGAAUUCUGUUUUCUUUUCCUUUAUCUUGUGAGUUUUAUUUUUCUUUUCCUUCCUUUCUGAAGUUCUAUUUGAUGCUCUUUUGCUGAUCAGAGUUGCCUCAUUAUCUGCAAUUGUGAGUCUGAACUUUGAAGUUAAAUGUUACUUCUUGAUUUGGAAUGAAAUCAUUGGGUUUUCCUUUAAUUACCUAUAUGGAAGGUGAAAGGGGACUGAACUUGGUGUUUUUAGUCUAAAUGUAUUUUUGUUCUUCUUUUCUUUUUAUUUUUUUCCUCCCCGGGCUGUUGUUCUUCAUGUGAAACGUUUCGUUCGGGGCUUUUUUGGCUUAAACUUCUUUUCCUUGUUUUUAAAUUGAUGGAAAUUAGGAGUUUGAUUUUCCGUUAUUGAGUUUACUAGGCGUUGAGUUCGCCCUACUAUGCGACGAUGCAGAUUAAGAAUUUAUUGUAUUUUGAUCCCCAAUUAAGGUUACCAUGCCAGUGGCGUUUUUUGUUUACUCUGUCUGAAAGUUAGCUAUUUAAGUUCUUGUUUUGUCUUUUUCUGGUGAGAAGAUAGCCACAAGGUUUUCAUAAAAUUGCCUCUUUCUUUUUGUUGAGAAGCAUAGUGAUCAAAGAUCAUAGUUGUGGUGUACAAAAUAUGAAAAAAGAUUUAAUUUUAUUUUUCUUUACAUGGAGCAUGUUUUCAUUUGUUCACACACACGAUAGUAACAUGAAUAUCUGUCUUUAUUCAACAGAAGUGCUGCCCUUUUAUGAUUUCGAUCAUUGAAAUAGGAAAUUUGCUAAACUGUUGCUAUAUUGGGCAGGUUUAGUGUCUCUUCCACGUUUGGGUAUUGAAGCUGAAACAGAGGACUCUUUCUCCAAUGGAUCCCUCAACAUCUGUGGAUUCUGUCUCCAGAAGUGUUUUGGAACCAAAAGAAAGGAUUUAUCUUGGACCCUCUGACGAAUCUUCAGAAGAGAGUUCCACAGUUACAACUGUACCAAAGGGGAAAAAUGGUGGCUUACAUCUCACUUCUACCGAUUUGAGACUUGGUCUCCCUGGAUCUCAAUCCCCCAAAAGAGAUGAGGAGCUUGAGUUGAUGAGCUCUGAGAAAUUUGACGAGAAACCCUUGUUUCCGUUGGUUCCUUCAAAGGAUGGAAUCUGCAAUUCAUCCCAAAAGACAGUUGCUUCUGGAAACAAAAGAGGGUUUUCAGAAGCCAUUGAUGGACUUUCAGGAACACAGGUCUCGACUUUAACCGAAAGAAACUGGAUGUUUGCUGCUUCAGGUUCUGACUCUGAGGGUUCCAAGACUAAAGCUAGCACAAGGGUGCUUUGUAAUCGCUCAUCUGGACCUCAAGCAGGAGACAUGCCAUCAAAGACUUCAGUUGAAGGAGCACAUGCUGCACAUGGUUCAAAUCAGUCCAAAAUAAAUGCUUCAAACAACAGUUGUGCUCCUGCUGCCAAGGCGCAAGUAGUUGGCUGGCCUCCUAUUAGAUCAUACAGAAAAAAUACAUUGGCCACCACAUCAAAGAAUAAUAGCGAGAUUGAUGGAAAGCAAAGUUCUGGUGCUCUAUUUGUGAAGGUCAGUAUGGAUGGUGCUCCUUAUCUUAGGAAAGUUGACCUAAAAACUUACUCAACAUAUGAAGAACUUUCUACUUCUCUGGGGAAGAUGUUCUGCUGUUUUACAUUAGCCAUGGAAACUUCUGCAACGGAGGCUCAGAGUGAAAGCAAAUUGGCAAAUCUACUGCCAGGUUCUGAAUAUGUGCUGUCAUAUGAGGAUAAGGAUGGUGAUUGGAUGCUUGUGGGAGAUGUCCCAUGGGAGUAAGUUUUGUUUAUUUCGCAUGUUUAGAAAUAUAUAUUCUUUCCUCGACUCCAUUUACAAUCUUGUACUGUAUUAUUCAUGAUACUGUUGCUUUUGGACUUUUGUUGCACCUCGGGGUUAUAUGUGGCAUGAUUUAUAUGAUUUUGCCUCUAUUCUACAUUGCCUCUAUCAUACAUAUGGAAGGAUUGGUCACAGAUUAUUGCAGCAGAUUUGAUUGCCUGCAAAACAAAAAAAAAAGAAAAAAAAGAAAAAAGGUGAUAAAUGGCGCCCAGGCUAAAAAACAGGAUCAGGGCUCUUUUACACCCACCCCCCGCCCCCCUCUCUCCCUUUUUGGGGUUUUGUUCUUUGUUUACAAUCAUAUACAAUCCAUGUAGACAACCUAUGUUGGUGGUGGUGGGCUGUUUCUAUGCUCUUAGAGUCAAUAUGUAUCCUUGAUGAAUAUAAAGUCAGCAUAAAAUUCGUAGGGAUGGGCAGCCCUUUACCUCUUUCUCUUCUACCUUGUUUACUGACUCUCUGAGCCAAAAUGCAUUUGUAAAUCUCAAUGUCUCUUUGUACUGAAUGUUUUAAAGCAGGAUGAUUGUGUACUAAAUGUUUUUAUAAACUUAGACGUCUCUCGUGUUUUUUUAGCAUGUGAUUUCCCUGGAAAGUGAUAAUGUGAGUACGAGCAUUCUAUAUUCUACUUUUGGUGUCGAUGUUUGUAUUUGUAAAUGCGAGAUAUGCUACUGACGUCAUGUAUGGUUUUUAACAGAAUGUUCAUUGAAUCGUGCAAGAGGUUGAAAAUAAUGAAGGGUUCUGAUGCUAUUGGAUUAAGUAAGUAUUCUUUUUCUUUCAUAACACGAUGGCUGUAAGCGUUUAUACUUCCUAUUUUGCCCAAGAAAAAGUGGGACAAAGAGAUCGUAGUGAGUUUGUGUUCCACAUAUUGAAUGCUAUUGCUUGGAUGCAUAUUUAGGUCAGGUCAACGAAAUCACACUUGUUUUAAAAAACCACCAUAGCAAACAUUGAUAAAAUACAGAAAAAGUGAAUUUAUUUGUUGUUAUUUGAGGCAUAUGUUUUUGAGUCGUAUUGGCACGGGGACUUCUUCCGUAUCAUUUUCUUGUUUUCCUGGGUUGCAGCUCCUAGGGCAGUGGAGAAGUCCAACAAGUGAAGUCUCAUAGCCUGCUCAUACAAUCACAAGGUUCCCCUACUGCCCGUUCAAGAUUGGAGAGAGGCCAAAGUGGGUGGAGCGAAACAGAUGUUUGGCUGUUUAGAUGGUUGCUUUUAGACAGAAUGUGAUUGAGAUGAGAGUGCAGAUUGUGACUUUCUGCCUUUCUGGUGCUACGCCGUCAUGCUUUCCCUGGGUUUUAGAAGAUAAAACUGAAACCGCCUUGAAGUAUUUCAUGUGUAAUGUGAUGUAUCUUAAUAAUUGUGGAGCUAAAUCUUUCCUUCAUGGAAAAUGUAAUCAAGUGAAACAGCCAAGUAUUUUACAUGAAUGUGUGUGAUUGUAAACUGAAUUCGAGCAAUGUUGUUGUAUAAAGCAGUUAACUGACUGACUGCCUGUGCUACUGUAUGAAUGUAUGGUAAACUGAUUUUCGUUCUAUCAUCUGCCCUCGUGAUUAGCCCUGUCGUAGAAUCCUCUUAUUUCAUUACAUUUACG